AAAAAGAACAGCGCAGAUGCACUGGAUGCUUUGAAAAAAGAGAAGGAGAAUUAUGGGUUCAAUAUCAAUGAGUUAUAUGCUAAAUUAGAAGUUCAAAGAUUGAAAGAUAAAUCUGGAUCCUCAAAAAAGGAAUCUUACAUCCCUAAAAACGAUGUGCUUUGGGCUGAAAAAUGGAGACCUAAAUCAUUUUUUGAAUUGAUUGGUAAUGAUGAUACCAAUAGAAGGAUGCUUAAAUGGGUAAAAGAAUGGUCAAGAGUUGUAUUUGACAAGAACUACAAACCAAUCACCACAGAUGAUUCUUCAGCUACAAACUCAAAAUUUAUUGACCCAUUCGGACGUCCAAACAAGAAGAUAAUGUUAAUACACGGUCCUCCAGGUCUUGGUAAGACAACUGUUGCUCAUGUUAUUGCUAAACAAGCCGGCUAUGAAAUAAUGGAAGUUAAUGCAAGUGAUGAAAGGUCUGGUCAACGUGUUAGAGAUAAAAUUGUUAACUCUUUGGCAUCUCAGACAUUUUCAGGUAAACCUGUAUGUCUUAUUGCUGAUGAAGUUGAUGGAGCUGCUGAAUUUGGGUUUAUAAAAGUGUUGGUGGAUUUAAUCAAUGAAGAUCAAAAAGCUAUUUACAAGUUUCAACAUUCUGAUGGUGAUAGAUCAUCCAAGGAAAAAAGUAAAAAGAAGCCAAAAUUUUUAUUGAGACCCAUCAUUGCAAUCUGUAAUGAUCUAUAUGCACCAUCGUUAGAGAAAUUGAGAAUGCAUUCAGAAAUCAUAGCGUUUAAAGCUCCUUCAGAAAGAGACUUACGGGAAAGAUUAAGGGACAUUUGUAAACAUGAAAAGAUAAGCCUUACAAACCAACAGUUGCAAGAGAUUGUUUUAUUGACAAAUCGUGAUAUUAGAAGUUGCUUGAACAUUUUACAAUUUGGUGGUGGGUUGAACAGCUCGAAUGACUUGAGGAAGAAAGAUAGUCAAGUGUCUUGGUUUGCAAUAGUGAACGAGAUUUUCAGGAGAAGAAGAGAUCUUAAAAAAGGUGUACAAUUUAAAGAACUUGCAAACAUAAUAAGCAUUAAUAAUAAUUAUGACAAGAUCAUCAAUGGUUGUUUCCAAAGUUAUCAUGAUAUCACAUAUAACGAUUCAGGAAUGUCUAAGCCUGCUAUGAUCAGUGAUUGGUUAUAUUUCGGUGAUAUAAUGGGUAAAACCACAUAUGAAUCUAUUGGUGAUCUAAGUUACUACUCUUCCCAAGUUGCAUUACAAUUUUUCAAUCAAUUUAGUGAUCUAGGUAAUAGAGAAACUAUAAUGAUCAAAUCAGAUUAUGAACAUUUUGAAUCAAGAAGGGCCAACUUUAAUUUGCUGAGACUUUUGCAUAGUAAUGUCAAUGUUCAUUUAAGAACUUUUUUGAAAUUACAACAAUUACCAACUGAGGUGUUACCAUUGUUAGAUUAUAUAAUAACACCAGAGUUGAAGAGUUUGAACAACAUUAAAGAUUAUGAUAAAAGAAAAUUACAUGAUGCUAUUGAUUCCUUACAAGGCUUUGGUCUAAGAAUUACAGAGGCGAAAGAUGAAGCUUUCAAUGAAAUUUAUACAACGUAUCCUCAAUUCAGUUCGAUUUCUAAGUUUGACACUCUAUCUACCAAGAAAUUAACUCAAAAAAGAACCCAACUGUUCCCUGUUUUGCAGAAAGAAAUGGAUCUAGUAAGAGUUAAAAAGAGAGCAUUUUCAGAAGUUGAAAAAGAUGCAGAAGCUAAAAGCUCAAAAACCGGUGCAGAUUUCGCAUUAUUGAAAAAUCAAUAUGAAAAGAUUGCAGAAGCUGAACUAAAAGCAAAGAAAUUAAAGACAGAGGUGAAAAUUUGGGUUAAAUAUCAUGAAGGAUUCUCAAAUGCUGUGCGUAAACCUGUUAAAUGGAAAUCACUUUGGGAAUAA